AUGGAGACAACAACGCUAUCAUGCCCUCUUCUCCCGCUAGCACGACCCUCGGUCCGACGCGUUGCCCUCGCUUGCAUCCAAUGCCGGUCUCGAAAGGUGAAAUGUGAUGCGACAACACCGUUCUGCAAGCGCUGCCAGGUCGACGGCAAGCUAUGCGGGUAUCUCAAGUCACGGCGCGGAGGACGCCCUCGUCGUUCGAAGCCUCAGUGGGACCAACUUUCUAUCCUGGUGAACGAAGCGCCUUCUUCCGGAACUUCAACUCAACGGGAUGAUGUGCUCUCUGCAACCUCGCACAACAUCUCAACCUUUGGAGGACUAUCCACGGAUAGCUCAUCACAGACGUGCUCAGAUGCCGGAUCCCGUCUGGACGCCUUUGCUUUGGAUGGAUCCCGAAAUACGAUCGAUCAAAGUGACGAGCUUCUCACGCAAUACUACACUUUCUUUCAUACCGCACAUCCCUGUGUACUUCCCAGAUGGUCACUCCAAAUACGUCGGAGUAGCAAUCCAUCUUCACUGGAUCCUCUACUCCCUGUUUUGCUUUACAUUGGCUCGAUAUUCACCCCGUCAAUACCAUCCACUCCCCUGGAAAUCACAGCACUACAGUCUCUAGACUCUGCACGCGCAAGAGGAACUCCAAGCCCAUUUUUUAUCCAGGCUCUUGUUUUAUACUCAAUUGCUGUGUACUGGUGUGAUCAGACUGAAAGAGCACUUGUGCUUUUAGAUGAGGCUAUCCAGGGUGCGUUCGAACUAGGUAUGCACAAGGCCGAGUUUGGUCUGCAGUAUGGAGAAGGAAACCCAAUACUUGAAGAGAGUUGGAGAAGAACAUGGUGGAUGAUUUACGUUACCGAAGCACAUGUUUCAGGAAGUACGCAUACAUUUCCGACAAAAACUGGCCAGGUGCAAACUAAUACAGAGCUGCCCUGUGAAGAGUACCAGUAUGAGUCUGGUAGCAUUCCAAACCCACUGAAAUUAGAGAGCUACAACGUUCGUGAGUUCUCAGAUGCUGAAUUCUCAUCAUUUGCGCAUUUGGUUGGUCUGACUCAAGGACUCAACCGCAUUCUCUCCACCCGACGACGACAUGAUUCGGAGCACGCGAAGCUCCUCUGCGCAAAUGUGGAUACAUGUGUGACGGCAUGGUGCUCGUUACUGCACAAGUCGAAACGAAAGCUUCUAAAGGACGAUGGCAGCGUGGACGAGCUGCUCUUCAAAGCAAAUACCUUAAUAUUCACAUAUAUCGUGGACCUCCAUCGUGAACUGUCCACUUUGAAAUAUAGUCCCAUCGAGGCUGUAUCGAAAUGUGCUCCUCCAGCACCGCCAGAGAACUCGCACACUAUCAAAGAGGACACACAAAUGCACACAUCUAAGGUCCUCUUCGCCAUUGAAAAGCUCAAUGGCCUCCUUACUCUCCCCACCCGUCUUGCAACACAUACGCCCUUCAUCAUCUGCAUGAUCGCCAAUAUGACAAUCGCUCAUCUCUCAGCCUGCCGCUACGUUUUUCAAGAACCAAAGCUAUCCCUCGAGCGCGAGAAGAUCCGCCUUAAUAUGGGUGUGCUCAAGAUGCUGGGUGAGUAUUGGCCAUUGGGAGAACGAACGUAUGGAGAACUCGGUAUCAUUGCCCGAGAGAUCCUUUCGUUGGGAGAUGAGGAGGUCCAUGUCUCACAAAAGACUCCGCCACUUGCUGAUUUUCUCGAUAUCGAUUUCGACGUUGAUUGUGCGUUUGAUAUGAGCGACUUGUCUAGUAACUCGAUGGGAGGAGGUCCGGUGGAAAUAGCGAUGGGUAGUGACGCGUGCGGUGCUGUGGGAUGGGAGGUAAAUAGGUAG